UCUACACUCGUUGCUUGAGGGAUUUGUUUAUAAACAGUUUAGUACUAAAAUAAUUUUAAAUGUGAUGUUUCAAGAAGACGAGGUGGUAAACAGCUGUCGAGUUUGUCGCAGUCCUAACCAGGAUGGUGAUUUUGAAUGUCUGUACGUUGUGCAAGUAAUAGAAGAAAGUGGUGUGAUGCAGUCACACACAUGGCAGCUUACUAAUACGGGCAAGCUGUAUGAAGAGAUGCUUGGUGUUGAGAUUGAUGGAUCAACCAUGGAGAUAUAUCCACAGUAUCUGUGUAAUAGUUGUGAUUUACAAAUGCGACUCUUUCGUAAAUUAAUUAUGAGGGCACGACGUACACUGGAAGAGUUGGCGAAAAUGUACACCGCCAGUGACAAAAAUGAUGCAUUUGUAGAAGAGAAGAAUGAAAAUGUGACACAUGUCGAUUUGGAAACGAGAAAUUCCGUUAUUUUAAAGGAAGAAUCUGUAGAAUGUGAUAUGUCAGCCAUAGGUAAUGAAAAUGGUGCAAUAGAGUCACUGCUAGCGGAGGCAAGUACAAAUAUUACCGAGCCAGAACAAUACGUAUAUGAGGACUGUCAAGCGGUAACUUACACGCCAACUACCAUGGAGGAAGUUAAUUACUUACAAGAAUACGCGCCUCAAGUGACGCUGCCAACGAAAGCGGACACAAAUGAGGCUUUGAGUGAACUAUUGGCAGAAGCGACCGACAGUACUGACGUGCAGUACUACGCAGAGGAGCCAGCUGGACGUGCUAUGGAUGUGCAAUCAGCGAUCGAACAUGUUGAUAUUAAAGAAACAAGUGACGAGAAAGUGGUUGAAUUUACGCCCAUAUUUGAAGAGAACUCCAUCGAGGAGAGUAGUGAUUUGAAACAAGAACCAGUGGAAUUCUUUGAUGUGCAUUAUUUGGAGGACACUAGCAGUACUCUACCGAUUAAUGCAUUGGAACGACCGAAAGUGUCAGGCGCAUGUAAUGGUGGCAAUAUACGCCGUGCAUACGAAUGUCAAGCUUGCGGUUUGGAAUUUCUACGACGCACUGAUUUCCUGCAACAUCGUAAAACCGUGCAUCACAACAAAUUUCCGUGUCCCUAUUGCACCAAACUCCUACACACCAACGAUGCCUUGCGCGUGCACCUGCGUUUACAUAGUGGGGAACCGGCUUUCAAAUGUGAUAUCUGUCAGCGUACAUUCAAUCAAAAAGUGCAUUACCGUUAUCACAUGGAUCGACAUAACAAUGUGCGUAAUUUCAAGUGUACGGAAUGCGAAAAGGCAUUCCUUUCCAAGCACGAUUUAACGGUACAUAUGCGUUCGCACACCGGCGAACGACCGUUUGAAUGCGAGAUUUGCGGCAAAGACUUUCUCAUACUGCAGCAUUUGAAAAUGCACCGUUAUUCACAUACGACCAAAUCCUUUGAGUGCCAUGAGUGCAAACAAAAAUUCAUAUCGCCGUCGACGCUACGCAUACACCUGCACACGAUACACACAUCCGAACGUCGCUUUCAGUGCGAAUUUUGCGUGAAACGAUUUCGGCGAAAACAUCAUUUAAUUGCGCACUACAAAGUACAUCAAAAGUCCGAAGCCAAUGCGAACGAAUAUGAUGAUUUGGUUGAGGAGAGUGAAGAGGAUAUGGAGGAGAAUGACUAUCAAAUGGUGUCUGACGUAAACGGACAACAUUUGGCCAUGCAGCAAGGUGUAAGCGAGUUCCUAGAAAUCAACGAGGAAGGACACAUCGAUAGCAUAUUGGUAGUGGACGACGUACAUAGUGACGAGCAAGCCUUAUAUGGUACUGAUUAUGAAAUAGGCGUGGCUGAGGAGAACGACAAUUUGACUUUCUAAUGUACAUACCUAUAUAUUAGGCGAAUUUUGUUAUAACAAAAGAUUUUGUAUUAUUUUCAUAUAAAUUAACUCACCUUGCUUAGCGUCAAAAUAUAUACAUAUAAGGCAACAACAAA